AUGGAUCUUGAGAUCACGAGGACGAGGAGGAAGAGGGAAAUGUAUAGCCAACAUAGGAUCAAGUGGGGAGCCUUGACGGAAGCUAAAGCGCAGGAGUUGGGGGUCAAGCUGGUGACUAUGGGGGCUUGGAGGAGUAGUGGGGACGCAAGCUCUACGUGGACCACGACUACGCAGUGCAUUAGGGAAGCCACGAGAGAGCUAGUGGAAAGUGUAAACAAGGAAGAGAAUAGGGCGAAUAGGGAGCAUUAUAAGUUUGCUAAGAAAGAGGCAAAGCUAGCAGUUACAACGGCCAAGACAACAACUUUUAGUCGUUUGUAUGAGGAACUCGAGGGCCGAGGUGGGGAUAAGAGGUUGUUCAGGUUAGCCAAGGCACGAGAAAGGAAGGCGCGUGACUUGGACCAAUUGAAGUGCAUCAAGGACGAAGAAGGUAGAUUUUUGCUAGAUGAGGGGCUUAUCCGUCAGAGAUGGCAGACCUACUUCCACAGUCUCUUGAACGAGGAGGGGGACAUGAGCAUUGUACUGGGUGAUUUGGAACUCUCCGGGAGUCGUUGUGACUUUGGGUAUUGUAGGCGGAUUAGAGUUGAUGAAAUUGAGGGGGUUAUGCUUAAGAUGAGCAGGGGCAAAGCGACCGGGCCGGAUGAAAUUCCGGUGGAGUUUUAG